UUUAUUAUCGGUUCAAUAGGUUUGCCAUUAUUGUUCUCAGGGCAUUUUCUCCGAAAUAUAACCAUGUCAAUGCCAUUAUAAUUUGUGGAACGUGUGCUGGACUAGAACACCAAUUGACCAAGGAAGGAAGAGCAGACGGUAUUUCAAAUACUGAAAAAUGGAUGAUACCUUGUGUAUAGGAGAUAUUGUGUGUUUAUAUUCAGAAGAAAUUAACGGAUUUGUUUUAUCCUUUCAAACAAGUUCCGUCCAUUCUGAGAUAGCGGUAGCGCGAGGACAGGACCGAGUUCGACCUCAAAUACCUGACCAACAAGUGAUAGCAUUUGAAAUAUGUGUAGCCAACAGAUAUAAACUUAACAAGAAAUAUUUAAAAUCGGUAACACAGUCCAAUGAUGAUCCUGAUAAUAUUGCGCUGAAAAAUAAUGUUUCUCAAAAUAAGAUAACUGCAGAUCUAGAAAGUGAAGAUAAUGCAUUAGAACAGAAAAGACAACAGGGUAGAAAAGUUUUAUAUGGCCAAGUUAUACAGUUACGUCAUCUAUUUAGUGAUAAAUAUGUCCAUGUAUCAACAACAAAAACAUCCAAUACAGAAUCUAAUAAUAUGGCAGUGGAAUUACGAUCAGAAAAUGCCAAACACUGUCAGUUUCGUAUCAUGCCCAGAUAUAAAGUUAAAUCAGAAGGUGAUGUGGUACAAGUUGAUGAUCAAAUAGUGUUAGAAAGUUUUAAAUCAUCUGGACAAUAUCUACAUGUUAGUCGAUCACCAUUACCCAAAACAUCAGUCUACAGUCAUUGUUGUGAGUUAAAUUUAUCAGUUGUACAGUCUGGUUUUACUAUCUAUAGAAAACAUAAACCUGGUCAAGAUGAUGAUAAAAAAAUCAAGGUUAGUGAUAUGUUACGAUUUUAUCAUAAAGAAAUGGAGGCCUAUUUAGUAGCAGAAGGAUUAUUUGAUGAUGAAAUAGUAGAAGAUGUUCAUUUGCGAGUUCGGACAGUUGACCAAAAUAAUCCGAAGACAUUAUUUCCUAGUAGUUCAGCUGUAACAUACUGGCAGAUUGAACUUCAAGAAGGACCCAUUGCAGGUGGUGUAUUAAAAUGGGAACAACAGUGUAAAAUAAUACAUAUGUGUACACGUAAAUAUCUUAUGGUAGAUACACAUGGUAAAGUUACAUUAACAGUCAAUCAUUUAAAUCCUAGAACAGUAUUUAGAUUACACGCUGUUAUCAGGGAUAGUGAUGAUAUACCAUUUGAAAGUUAUUGUCGUAUAGAACAUGUUGUAUCAGGUUUUUGGCUUCAUGCAGAUGCAGCUGAUCACAAAUCAUCAAAUCAACCAUCCAUUGAAGAUGAGAAAUCUGAUUCAAUGUCAGGAUUAAAAUACAGCACAGCACAAGUUAAGCAGAUUGUAGCUAUUAAAGAAAAACAGUAUGAUGAUGCUUUUACUGUGCAAUCUGUAGAUGGUAGUUUAUGUAAUAUAUUUAACUAUAUGGCUGGUAUGGUGCCCUGUAUACAGAAACUUGUUAAUGAUAAAAAAGAUGGGUUGGUACUAAAUGCUAAAUCAACACAUGAAGUAACUAUGGCUUUACACGAAAUGAGAGAAUUUAUGAUAGUGAAUAGUGAACCAUCUAAAAACAGACAAAAACUCAUGAGGAAUUUACGGAUUGUUGACUUGUUGGUUCAUUUGUUACGUAUUCCAUGUAGAGGAGCUCCUGAUCAAAUGCAUCUGACAAAGAUAUUUGUAGAAGCGUAUGCAGUUUUAUAUACAUAUCUAAUGGGAGAUAGUCGAAAGAAUGAAUUGUAUAUAGCUAAAUACAUUGACUUUUUCUUAACUCAGUUUGAAUAUAAAGAGGGUAAAAUUGGUUUAAAUGCAGCUCACAUGGUCAUGGAAUUAAUCCGUGAUAAUCGAAAGAUAGUAGAUCGAAUAUCUCAUCAACAUAUUGAUAAAUUUGUUGAACGUCUACGCAACGACAAGAACUAUCGUUAUUUAGAUUUAUUGAGUGUAUUAUGUGUUUGUGAUGGUGUAUCUAUAGCUGAUAAUCAGAAAUAUAUCACGGAGGCAUGGCUUAUGAGGGGCAAUAAGAGUUUAGAUCAUGUUAAUGUAACUGCUGUAGGUCAUGUGAACUGUGUUUAUUUGACUGAUCUGGGACAAAAGAUUGGAAAGAAAGAAGGAGUAGUAUAUGUCUCGACAAAUGGUGGACGAUUGUGGAAAGAACUUCAGGAGUUUGCCAAGAAUUCUCAGGGAGAAACAAAUGAAGAAUAUCUAUUUUUAGAACAUCAACUAGAAUUAUUUAGAAUGCUAUGUCAUGGUCAGAAUGAGUUUUCUGUAAAAGUUAUAACAACCGAGUUAGAUUAUUUAACAUGGGAUGAAGCUUUUAGUUGUUUAUCAGAUACAAAUCUACCUGAUAGAUUACGAGCUCAAUAUUGUGAUCUAAUUAUAACUUUAUUUGUUGAUAUUGGUAGUAAUAUAUCCGUCGUAGAUCGUGUUUGUUUAUCAUAUAAUUAUGAUAAAAUAUCAAAUGAUGAAGCAAGAAUAGAUCAAUCUGAUUCACCUACAUAUAGAUACUUCCCGCAACUACGAGAUUGGAUUGCUAACUUCCUUGGUACAAAUGGUGAUAUGACUGCAUCUGAGAUUGGAAACAAUAUGCUAGUUCAACAGGUAUUAAGAUUGGUGUAUUAUUUGGUUAUGUAUGGGUUUUACAACCAAACUGAUGAUAUUCGUAAACUACUGUCACCAUUAAUAAGUUUAUUAGAUGGUAGAAAUGACAAACCAUAUCCUAAUAUUAAAGGUCAAGAAGUAAAGGAAGUAUUAAAAUAUUUUCAUGAGGUUACUAGAUAUCAGAAGAGUCCUGAAACUAAAGCUAUAGUUGAUGCUAAAUUACAAGCCCUAGAUGUUUUGAAUCUAUUUUUCAACUUCAUCUUUAAUCUUAGAAUGGAGAAAUUAAUGGUAUUAUUUAAAAAUACCCAUGAUCAAGCCAGUAAACCAAACAUGUCACCACCAGAACUUGGCCUUCUUUUAUUUGAGACAUUCGACAUUGAAAACAAUUAUUCGGUUUCAAAAUCAGCCUCAAGAGUCUUAAACAAUAUUUUUGAUGAAACAGAAUUUUUCCGAAAUUAUGAAGUCACCCAAAUUCUUUUAGAUUUAUCUCAUUAUGAUUAUGAUGGAAUGAUAUGUAAAUCUAUGCAUCUUUUAAAUAGAUUUUAUUCUUUUCAUCAUAAACUCUUCAGUCAGGCUAUACAAGCUCAGGUUCUGAUCACUGAUGCAUCUGUUGACAUAAUGAAGAGAUUGAGUGUUAUUUUACCAACACUCCGUCGUCUGGCAACAGCUAAACUAAAUGAUGAACAAACAAAAGAACUAGAUAAAAUCUUAGAGGAGCUCAUAAAGAUGUGUCAAUUAAAAGGAGAGGACAAUGAAAGUCACCAGAUGAAUCAGAAAAUUCUUUAUAACCAUGGAGUUCUAGAAGAUGCUUUAACCAUAUUAUCACAAGCCAUAGAUAUUAAAUUAUUGGAUCAGUAUGGUGGCUUAAAGAAGAUAUUCCAGAAGACGUUUAUAUUAUUACAAUCUAUGACGUUAAAUAAUAAAGUUGUACAGAGAAGAUUGUUUGAUAGAUUAGAGAUGUUGUUAUAUAAAGAAGGUGCACCAGCAGAAUUAGCUGAUCUAUUGACUGAGAUAUUUACAGGCAAUUCAAAUACGUGUAUGAAAAUUCAAAGUCACCAUGUACAGAAAAUUGUCAGUUUAAUAUCCAAACAUAAAUCAGCAGUUCCACAGUUUCUCAAUUUAUUGAACGCUGUGGUUAAAGUUGAGGAAUUAGAUCUACCAUUGAAGAGAAAUCAGGGUUUCGUGAUGACAUAUUUCAUGCAGUAUAGAUCAGAGAUUGCUUACAUCAUUGAUCAAGAUGAAAAAGAUAGAGAACAAGUGUUGGUAUCCAAAAAUUCAAAAGAACUUGACUACAUGAUAGCAAUGGUUGAUUUAUUGGCCACAUGUGCAGAAGGAGAGAAUCGUUUUAUAGAAUCGAUUUGUCAGACAAUAUUUAAGAUAUCUGAUCUGAUUGGUGUAUUAAACAACAAGCUGGUUUGUGAUAAUUUAAAGAAACCAUUUUUGCGUUUCUUACUAUGGGUUUAUAUGAAUACAGCUAGUGGUAUGAUAGAGAGUGGUGCAGGGGAUCUCCCCCAUGAUGCUAAAAUGUGGGAAUUCUUGAAUUCUAUAACACAGAAAUUAAAGGAAGUCAAAUUAUUUGUGGAGAACAAUAAAGAAAAAACAAAACAGUUGUUAAAAGGGCCACCAACGAAGAGCACCCAUGAAAGCACAGAAGGCAGUGAUCAAGGUAAAAUUGAAACAGAGAGAAUGAGAGGAACAAUACACUAUAUAUUUUUAUUUAUUUUAGUGAUCAAGGUAAAAUUGAAACAGAGAGAAUGA